UAUGCAUAACCACGUCCCCAACUAUUUAGAAUACUUGAUAGUCUGUUUUAGAAGGUGACCGAAGAAGCCUUGUUCUUGUUUUACCGAACAUAACCCAAUCUUUGCAGUCAAAAUGCCGGCGAAAGGUCUGCUUCAGCGUCUACAAGACAAAGAGGACGUUGUUGUGGCGGAGGGAUAUGUGUUUGAAUUUGAGAGAAGAGGCUUGCUGAAAGCGGGAGCAUUUGUACCGGAAGUCGUCAUUGAAAAACCGGACAUGGUGAAAAGUCUCCACGAAGAAUUUGUCAACGCCGGAAGUGACGUCUGUUUAGCUUUCACGUACUACGGUCACAGAGAGAAACUCAGAGUUGUCGGCCGUGAAGGUGACCUUGAGAAGUUGAACAGAGACGCGUUGAGGAUCGCGAGGCAGGUGGCAGACGACACCGGGACACUGAUGGCGGGAAAUCUCUGCAACACGACGGUGUACAGGAAGGAUAACAAGGAAGCGAUUGAGAUGACGGAGGCCAUGUUUAAAGAACAAAUCAAGUGGGCAGUAGAAGAAGGAGCGGACUACAUUGUUGGAGAAACCUUCAGCGAGCUGGGAGAGGCGAUGCUUGCUCUCGAGUGUGUUAACAAAUAUGGCAAUGGACUUCCGGCCGCCAUUAGUUUAAUACCUCAUUUGGCUGAACAACUUCCGGACGGUUUGGCUUAUGGCGUCGCCUGCCGCAGGCUCGAGGAAGCAGGAGCGGCGGCAGUUGGACUGAACUGUGGGCGUGGUCCCAAGACGAUGCUGCCUCUCAUUAGGGAGAUCAGACAGGCCUGCAAGGGGCCAAUUAUGGCACUUCCGGUAACAUACCGCACGUGUUCGACUCAGCCCACGUUCCAGUCGCUCAAGGAUCCAGUGACUGGUACAAUGUCGUUUCCGGUUGACCUUCCUGCGCAUGCCUGUGGACGAAGUGAAAUUGCCGACUUUGCCCGAGAAGCCAAAUCCCUGGGCGUGCAGUAUGUGGGACUAUGUUGUGGCAACGCUUCUCACUACAUCCGGGUGGUGGCGGAGGAAUAUGGGCGUCGACCCCUCGCCAGUAGAUACUCCCCCGACAUGGCCCAGCACUUUAUUUUUGGGAAGAACAAAAGUAGCGAGGAUCCUUAUCAGCAGGACCUCAGAAAGAAAGUUGCAGGCUUAACAGGAUUAUGAAGGAGAAAUGUUCACCAUUCUGUAACUAAAUUCAUUUGAAAUUAGCUAUAUGUUCCUGCUCGGUGUCAGCAUGUAUACUAGACUAAGGAGAAAAUAAAAUAAACCUCUCGGCGAGCUUGA